AUGGGUCAGAUGCUAGCUACAUUAGCGAGCAGAACUCAAGGAACCCUACAUAACAAUACAGAAACAAAUCCUGAAGAGCAGCGAUGUGAAGAAGCAAGUAUUGGGCUUAAUUGGGAGAAGAAGUGCCACUUUAUGAUUCAGGAAGGAAUUGUUUUAGGUCAUAUGAUUUCAGCUAAGGGUAUUGAGGUCGACAAAGCUAAAAUACAAAUGAUUGAGAAGCUAUCUCCUCCUACUUCAGUGAAGAGAAUUAGAAAUUUCCUAGGACAUGCAGUGGCUAUGGAUUAUGUGUCUAAAUGGGUGGAGGCUAUGGCAUCACCUACAAAUGAUGGGAGGGUUGUGACUCAAUUCCUUAAAAAGAAUAUCUUUUCUAGAAAUGGUACUCUGUGGGCUAUUAUCAAUGAUGAAGGAAAACACUUUUGCAACCACUUAUUCUCAGCUUUAUUGGCAAAACAAAGGGUUAAACAUCGAGUUGCAACGCCUUACCAUCCGCAGACUUGUGGCCAAGUUGAGAUAUCCAAUAGAGAGUUAAAGAAAAUCCUAGAAGCUACAGUUAAUGCAUCAAAUACAAAUUGGUCAAAGAAGUUAGAUGAUGCACUUUGGGCAAACCACAAUGCAUUCAAAAUUCCUAUCGGGAUAUCUCUGUAUCAAUUGGUGUUCGAAAAAACAUGUCAGUUACCGGUUGAACUAGAGUACAAGGCAUACUGGGCUACUCACAUGCUAAAUUAUGAUAUGAAGGUAGUCGGGAAAAAGGGAAUCAUUCAAUUGAAUGAGCUUGAUGAGUUUAGAUUGGGGACACAGGAAAAUGCAAAGCUGUGCAAAGAGAAAACUAAAACAUUGCAUGAUAGACACAUUAUAGAAAAAGAAUUUGUGGUUGGGCAAUAG